AUGAAGAAGAAAUCCAAUAAAACUCUUUUUGAUUGUGCUGUUACCAAAUUUAUUCGAAUCGGAAUUGCUGACAAGAACGACAACCCACCGUACUUUGACAAGGCACUUUAUGAAGCAGAGGUCGAUGAAAAUGAGGAUAUUCAACAUACGGUGCUGACGGUUACAGCAAAGGAUCACGAUGAAUCAUCGCGUAUUCGAUAUGAGAUCACAAGCGGUAACAUUGGAGGUGCUUUUGCCGUGAAAAACAUGACUGGCGCCAUUUACGUCGCUGGAGCAUUGGAUUACGAAACCAGAAAGCGAUAUGAGCUUCGUUUGGCUGCAUCAGAUAACUUGAAAGAAAACUACACGACGGUCGUGAUACAUGUUAAGGAUGUUAAUGAUAAUCCACCCGUAUUUGAACGACCAACGUAUCGUACACAAAUAACAGAAGAGGACGAUCGUAACUUACCAAAACGUGUUUUGCAGUAUUCGCUCAGAUUGGUUGCCUCUGAUAGUUUGAAUGAAAAUUAUACGACGAUUAUAAUCAAUGUGAAGGAUGUGAAUGAUUCGCCGCCAGUUUUUCACGAGACUUUUUAUGAGAAAUCUCUGGAUGAAGAGGUGGAAGCACCAUACAUGAUUACUCAGGUAACCGCAACUGAUGGCGACAAAGACCGACCACAAAACAUCGUUUAUUUCCUGACGGGUCAGGGUAUCGAUCCCGACAAUCCAGCCAACAGUAAAUUCGACAUCAAUCGAACAACAGGCGAGAUAUUCGUGCUUAAGCCACUGGAUAGAGAUCAACCGAAUGGACGUCCACAAUGGCGCUUUACUGUUUUUGCGCAAGAUGAAGGAGGCGAAGGACUUGUCGGAUAUGCUGAUGUGCAAGUAAACCUUAAAGAUAUUAACGACAAUGCUCCAAUCUUUCCACAAGGCGUUUACUUUGGAAAUGUCACUGAGAAUGGAACAGCAGGCAUGGUCGUAAUGACAAUGACAGCAGUCGAUUAUGAUGAUCCAAAUGAAGGCACAAAUGCUAAGCUCAUUUAUUCAAUCGAGAAAAAUGUGAUUGAAGAAGAGACCGGUUCGCCAAUUUUCGAGAUAGAGCCUGACACGGGUGUGAUUAAAACCGCUGUAUGUUGUUUAGAUCGUGAACGAACACCAGAUUACUCGAUACAAGUCGUUGCGAUGGAUGGUGGGGGAUUGAAAGGAACGGGAACGGCUUCGAUAAGAGUCAAAGACAUCAACGACAUGCCACCGCAAUUCACCAAAGAUGAAUGGUUUACAGAAGUCGAUGAAACAGAUGGAACUAAUUUACCCGAAAUGCCAAUUUUAACCGUUACCGUUCAUGACGAAGACGAAACAAAUAAAUUUCAAUACAAGGUCAUUGAUAACAGCGGUUACGGUGCUGACAAGUUCACCAUGGUUCGAAAUAAUGACGGUACAGGAAGCUUGAAAAUCGUUCAGCCACUUGACUAUGAAGACACUUUGCAAAGCAAUGGUUUCCGUUUUCGAAUUCAAGUCAACGAUAAAGGUGAAGAUAAUGACAAUGAUAAAUAUCACGUCGCUUAUUCAUGGGUGGUGGUGAAGUUGCGAGACAUUAAUGACAACAAGCCACAGUUUGAAAGACCAAAUAUUGAGGUUUCAGUUUAUGAGAAUGCCGGUGUUGGAAAAACUUUGGAAACAUUCAAAGCAACUGAUCCAGAUCAAGGUGGGAAGAGUAAAGUGUCGUAUGCAAUUGAUCGAACAUCAGAUCGUCAACGACAAUUCUCAAUUAAUCAGGAAGGAACUGUGACGAUUCAACGACAAUUAGAUCGAGAAGUGACACCAAGACAUCAAGUGAAAAUUCUUGCGAUUGAUGAUGGAAUUCCACCUAAAACAGCAACAGCUACGUUAACUGUUAUUGUUCAAGAUAUCAACGAUAAUGCACCGAAAUUCCUGAAAGAUUAUCGUCCGGUUUUACCAGAACAUGUUCCACCAAGGAAAGUUGUUGAAAUUCUCGCAACUGAUGAUGAUGAUCGAUCGAAAAGUAAUGGACCACCAUUCCAAUUUCGUCUUGAUCCAGGUGCUGAUGACAUCAUUCGUGCAUCAUUUAAAGUUGAACAAGAUCAGAAAGGUGCUAAUGGUGACGGUAUGGCAAUUGUUUCAUCAUUAAGGUCAUUUGAUCGCGAACAACAGAAAGAAUAUUUAAUUCCAAUUGUGAUUAAAGAUCAUGGAAAUCCAGCAAUGACUGGAACAAGCACAUUGACAGUUGUCAUUGGUGAUGUGAAUGAUAAUAAAAUGCAACCAGGUUCGAAGGACAUUUUUGUCUACAAUUAUGCCGGACAAUCGCCAGACACACAAAUCGGUCGUGUUUAUGUUUAUGAUCUCGAUGAUUGGGAUUUACCUGACAAGAAAUUCUAUUGGGAAGGUGCUGAACAUCCACGAUUUAAGCUUGAUGAAGACACUGGAAUGAUAACAAUGAGACAGGGAACACGAGAAGAUCGUUACCACUUGCGGUUUAAAGUUUACGAUCGUAAACAUACACAAACUGAUGUGCCAGCAAAUGUGACAGUGACAGUGAGAGAAAUUCCACAUGAAGCGAUUAUCAACUCAGGAAGUAUCAGAGUGUCUGGAAUAACUGAUGAAGAUUUUAUUCGUGUUUGGAAUUAUCGUACGCAAAGUUUAUCAAAAAGUAAAAUUGAUAAAUUUAAAGAGAAACUCGCCGAUUUAUUAAGCACAGACAAGGAGAAUGUUGACGUGUUUAGUGUUCAAUUAAGACGUAAACAUCCACCCCUAACUGACAUCCGUUUCUCAGCUCAUGGUUCACCAUACUACAAAGCAGUUCGUCUUAAUGGCAUUGUAUUGAUGCAUCGUGAAGAUAUUGAGAAUUCUGUUGGCAUCAACAUCACAAUGGUUGGCAUUGAUGAAUGUUUAUAUGAGAAUCAGAAUUGUGAAGGUUCAUGUACAAAUUCAUUGGACAUAAGUUCGCUUCCCUACAUGGUGAAUGCUAAUAAGACAUCGUUAGUUGGUGUGAGAGUUGAUGUGUUAGCUGAAUGCACUUGUGGAGCACGAAACUUCAGCAAAGCUGAAUCGUGUCGUAAUUCGCCAUGUCAUAAUGGUGGACGAUGUUCCGAAACACGUUAUGGCUUAAGUUGUUCAUGUCCAUCAGGUUACACAGGUCCACGUUGUCAACAAACAACAAGAAGCUUCCGUGGUAAUGGUUGGGCUUGGUAUCCGCCACUUGAAAUGUGUGACGAUUCACAUUUAAGUUUGGAAUUUAUUACGAGAAAGUCCGAAGGUGUUUUAAUCUACAAUGGACCGAUUGUGCCACCUGAAGAUGAUGAAAUGUUAAUCUCUGACUUUAUUUUACUUGAAAUGGAACGUGGCUACCCUCGACUUCUCAUUGACUUCGGUUCAGGAACACUUGAAUUACGUGUGAAGACGAAGAAAACUUUAGAUGAUGGUGAAUGGCAUCGUAUUGACGUGUUUUGGAAUACUGAAACAGUUCGUUUGGUUGUUGAUUUCUGUAAAUCAGCUGAAGUGUCAGAACUUGAGGAUGGAUCACCAGUUGAAUUUGAUGAUUCAUCAUGCCAAGCGCAAGGAACAAUUCCGCCAUUUAACGAAUAUUUGAAUGUUAAUGGACCAUUACAAGUCGGUGGAUUCUAUCGUGAAGCUUUCAACCCUGCAGCUUAUAAUUGGCCAUACGUUCCAAAUGGAAAAGGUUUCGACGGUUGCAUCAAGAAUCUCAUUCAUAACAGUAAACUUUAUGACUUAGCACAUCCAGGAUUGUCACGGGCAAGUGCUGCUGGUUGUCCGCAAACUGACGAUGUUUGCACAUCAACUGAAUCAACAUCGCGAUGUUGGGAACAUGGAAAUUGUGUUGGUAGUUUCUCUGAAGCUCGUUGUCAAUGUCGUCCCGGAUGGACUGGGCCAUCAUGUAAUGUUCCAACAAUUCCAACGACAUUCAAACAACAAAGUUAUGUUAAAUACGCACUCAGCUUUGAGCCAGAUCGCUUUAGCACGACAAUUCAACUUCGCUUCCGUACUCGUGAACAACAUGGAGAACUUUUCCGAGUCAGUGAUCAACACAACCGAGAAUAUGGAAUUCUCGAGAUUAAAGACGCACAUUUGAGGUUCCGUUACAACUUGAAUUCAUUGAGAACGGAAGAGAGAGAUAUUUGGUUGAACGCAAUUGCUGUUGACGAUGGACAGUGGCAUGUUGUACGCGUGAAUCGUCAUGGUUCAGCAGCGACACUUGAGCUUGAUGGCGGUGAAGGUCGAAGAUAUAACGAAACAUUUACAUUUGACGGUCACCAAUGGUUGUUAGUUGAUAAACAAGAAGGCGUUUAUGCUGGAGGGAAAGCCGAAUAUACGGGAGUUAGAACAUUUGAAGUUUAUGCCGACUAUCAGAAGAGCUGUCUUGAUGAUAUCAGAUUGGAAGGAAAACAUUUACCAUUGCCACCCGCAAUGAACGGCACCCAAUGGGGACAAGCAACAAUGGCUAGAAAUUUGGAACGUAAUUGUCCAUCGAACAAACCUUGUGCUAAUGUCAUUUGUCCAGACCCAUUCGAAUGUAUAGAUUUGUGGAACGAAUAUGAGUGCACUUGCGGUGAAGGUCAAGUGACGUCUCCGGAUAACAAAGGAUGCAUGGAUCGUAAUGAAUGCUUGGAUUUGCCAUGUUUAAACGGCGGCACGUGUGUCAAUCAAGAGCCACGUCUGAGAUAUCGUUGUUUGUGCCCGGAUGGCUACUGGGGUGAAAACUGUGAACUUAUACAGGAAGGUCAAGUACUUAAGUUCAGUAUGGGAGCUUUAGCCGCCAUUCUUGUCUGCCUUUUAAUCAUACUAAAAGGCUUCAAGAUCUCCAACAGUGGAUGUGUUAAUGAGAAUGAAUGUAUGUUUCAUCCAUGCCAAAAUGGCGGACGAUGUCGUGAUCAAAAUCCACCAGAAAGAUAUCACUGCCUUUGCCCUCUUGGCUUUUUCGGAACAAAUUGCGAAGUGGAGCUUUCUGCUUCAUACAUUCUAGUGCCAUCAUUUACUUUCAUAGUAACAUUAAUUGCAUGUGCCAGCACUCUCAUUUUAUUAGUUUUGGUCCGUCGAAGAGAAUCGCAUAUUAAAUAUCCAGGUCCAGAUGAUGAUGUGAGAGAGAAUAUCAUUAACUAUGAUGAUGAAGGUGGCGGUGAAGAUGAUAUGACAGCUUUUGAUAUCACACCGCUUCAAAUACCAAUAGGUGGUCCGAUGCCUGAGUUGACUCAAUGUAAAAUGCCACCAAUAAUGUAUCCUGUGAUGACAAUGGGUGCAGGCGAGCCAAAUGUCGGGAUGUUCAUUGAUGAGCAUAAAAAACGUGCUGACUUGGAUCCAAAUGCACCACCAUUUGAUGAUUUACGUAAUUAUGCUUAUGAAGGUGGUGGCAGCACGGCUGGAUCGUUAAGUUCCCUUCAAUCAGGAACUGAUGAUGAGACUCACGAGUACGAGUAUUUGAACACGUGGGGACCUCGCUUUGAUAAGCUUGCCAACAUGUAUGGGCCCGAACGCGAGCACACAGAUCUCGAUGAUUUAAAUUAAAUCAUCACAUAGAAAGCUUCUAUAUCAAUCAACGUUAAUAAAGCGAAAACUCAGACAUUCGGGAUGAAAAUAAAGAAAUAAAUAAAUAAACGGAAAAGACAAAUAGAAAGCAAGUAAAAUAUAAAAUCAAAUUCAUCUUCCUCCCACCCUUCGUCCGAAGGAUUUUCCUAUGAAAGAGGGAACGAAGCAAACCUAAUCGAAAAUAAUUCUUCCGCUCGUUCUCCUGUUCAAGUGAAACAUAAAAAUACAAAAAGAAUAAAGAAAAUUUGUUCAACGACGCCACAAAAGUUUCGGUAAAAAAGAAAAAUAAUCUUUCUUCGAUGAGAGAAAAGCUAGAAAAAAUGGGAUGAAUGGAAACAUAAAAUUUUAAAAGAAAACAUAGAAAGCUGAUACCAAAAAAAACAGAAUUGAACUUAUAAUAUAAAAAUUUUGAAACUUUAAAGUUAUGUAAAAGAUGUGAGAAGAAAAAAGUUUUUCCUUUCGGCAUAUUAUUUUUUUACUUCUACUUAUACUCUUAACGAUCUUUUUUAAUUUCUUAAAUUAUCAACGAGUCAACUUUCAAGAAGAUAAAUUAAAUGUAAUAAAGACGCUCGCGAUAGAUGAAGGUGUUUUACAAUUUAAUUAAUUAGUUGUAAUUAGUGACUUUACUUUUUUUUCUUUGAGAUUUCACUCUUCUUUUCAUUCUUCCUUCAUAGAAGAUGAAGAUUUGAGUUUAAGAUAUUUAUUUUGUAAGUGCAAAUUGCAAGAGGAUAGAUGAAGAAGAAAUUAAGAAAAAAAGACACGACUUUUUAAUUAUGCUAAUUACAUUUUCCAUUAAAUUACUCAACAGAUUACAAUGACUCUCAAAAUUACUUCAAUUUUCUAUUGAACUUCUUCAUAAUCACACC